GGUAACCAGACUGAGCAGCCUUAGUCCUGUCCGAAACACCGCUUGUUGAGUAUGUCAUUUUUCGGAGUUGGAAUAGCGUUAGUCCGAACCUUUUCUACCAAAAAAUAAAACUAAAUACCGGGUACUUUUCACGCUUAAGAAUAAGAUCAUUAUGGCAGAGGAGAGAGUCAACAGAGAACUGAAAUUAUUGAGCUGGUUGGUGAUAGGUGUUGGGAUCACAUUAGUGGCCUCGACAUUACUGCUGCACUUGCAACCGGUGCAACAUUACACUUCGGGUCUUCUUGAAACUUUACGUGCCAGCUCGUUUAGUACAAAUAAGCAACACGGUCAAGGAGGUCAGAAGAAUUUCGAAUCGAAUGGCCAGGAAGAUAAACUUCAUUUUAGCGACGUUCGUUUUAAGAAUUCCGGCGGUGACACAGCUGACGACGAUCCGUUAACAAUACCAGAUGAGAAAGCACCAUUUACUGACGAAAGUGAUAUUCGUGGAACAUCCUCUUCCAAAUUAGUGUUGAAUAUAUUACAUCAACGUUCCUUUUCCUCUCCAUCGCCAGAGACGAACCAUAGUUAUUCGGCGUUCGAAAACUAUACAGCUACUUCAGCUACAAAGAACGAACCCACAGUGACAGUCCGAGAGAAUACUGUAAGCACUGCUACAAGAGAGGAGUCUAAUUCUAGUCAAAGCGAAGAAGAAGAACACAUCUUGGAGGAAAUGGUGAGAGAGAGAUUCAUUUUAAGGAAGAAAUAUCUGGAGGCGAGGUGCAGUGCUUAUGGUGACAAGGUUCCAUCGCAGAUUGUUCACGAGAGUAAACAAUUCUUCUACUACGCGAAAAAAUACCAGCUUCUGGCUUGCGUCUCUGCUAAGGGAGGCGCGACAACGUGGAAAACCCACUUCUUAAUCGUGAACGGUUACAACAAACCCUUCAGUAAUCCUCACUCAGAACCUCUCCAUAAAUGGAUCAGGGCAAGAGAUGUAAUUGGAGAAAAUUUUUUAGAACACCUGUCCAAAAAGGCUGGAGCAAAGAUGGUGAUGUCGGUCAGACAUCCAUUCUCUCGUCUUGUUUCAGCAUACACAGAUAAGUACGGCGAUGGGAAACCAGUUAAUGUAACCAAAAGCAGGCGAAUGUUCUUCGAAACGCCGCUGAAGAUGAUGGGGAGAAAUUUCACCGUGAACGAGGAAGUUGCAGUCCCGUUCCCUCUGUUUCUUCGAUUCGUGCUCUAUCAGAGGUCCACAGGGUUCGACAGGCACUGGGUCCCAUACAGCAACAACUGCAAGCCUUGCGGGAUCCCUUACGACUACAUCGUGCACCUCGAGACUUUGGAUGACGACCUCCGCUACAUCGUCCACCACCUCGGGAUCAAGGAGAUCGACGUGACGAUGCGGAAGAAUAAGUCAGUCAAGGGAAAGGGCCGCUCGUUGGAGGAGUACUUCAAGGGCAUUCCGCCGGGCGUCAUCAGGGCCAUCUUCACAAUCUACAGGGAGGAUUUCUACCUCUUUGGCUACGAUGUGCCGCAGUUCGUCAAGGACGCCUUUUCUAAUUCCUCCGGCAACCCGAGAUGAAACAUAAUUUCGACGUCACACGGGUCCGUCACAAGCUGGACUUGGGCCGGACUCUGGAAGCGGGUACUGGCUCGUCGGUUCAAUGGAACGUUCGACCAUCUUUCUCCGUCUUGCGUUCGUAGUUUUAGUUUUGUAUUAAUUUAAUUUUAAUCGUAGUCUACCACGAAGGCUGUUUAUCAGUGUGAGUUAUUUUAUCAAAAAUACAGCUUUAUAUGUUAAAAUACCAAGUUUAUUUUUCUAUGGAUAAGAAAGGGUAUGAACCGACAAGUAAUCAACAUCUAUCUUUUUACUGUUCUAAAUUAUAUCUUAGACAGCCAUUUCGUAAACUGUAAUGAAGAUUACUCAGGAUACCCCAAACAUCCAAUAAAAGAAAAGAAAUUUGUCCCCAGGUAGCCUAUACAUACACACACACAUAUAUCACACUAUAAUGUUAGAUUUAACUCAUUUGUUUGACCCUGGAGAUUCAUUCAUUAAUCCCAAGGCCAAUACAAAGUUAAAAUAAAUUGUUUGUUUCCACUUCCCGACUGACCUCUUUGUAUUGGCCUUGAUUAAUCCCCUGUCUGGCCGACCUGGUACGGCGAACCUGUUGUCCUACUCGAACCCAGGUCUGAACAAGCGCGAAAAACUGACACGGAAGGGGUCGUAGUUAUCGACUGCAAAUCAAUAAUGAAAAUGCAGAGGAAAUGAAUGAUGACGAAUAAGUCCUUUUGAUAUUUAUUCCCCGGAAUAAUAUAUAAUUAUUAUAUAUAAUACCAUUUAAUUCUCUGCUUGUGAAGAAGGGUUUCUCUAAUUCGACGAAUUAAUAAAAAAAAAACUAAAUCUCUUGUUUAUUUAUUCACUGGAGACGAUGAAUGAUAAAAAUAUAGGGAAAAAGCUGAAUCACGAAUUCAAUUAUUUUGCGGAUGAAAAGUACAGCAGACACAAGAUAAGUAGGAUACUUUGUUUAUUUAGAUAUCAGGAUGCAAAUUAUGACGCGAAAAUGAAGGGCAGUCUAAAAAGUAGAAAGGGGAAGGAAAUAGUUAUGAUUUUAUGAAACUUGGGCUGCUGUUGGGCCAAGCGCCGGAGCCUUUUGGGCUAUUCGGCUCUCAAGGCAUUAAAGACAAGACCAAGGACCUUGGAUAAGACGAUGGAGUGGUUGGACAGCAAGGUGGAAAGAUCCAGAAAAUAAAGAUGAAGUACACUCGGGGAGGAAAGUGGAGAUACAGUUUUUAUAAAUCUUCGGACAUAUAUUGUUCAAUAAUGCCACACCUGGCAACUCUAGAAAGUGGGCGGAGCUUCAAAAUCAUAGCGUUUGUUGCUUUCUAGAUUUCCAUACACUUUACACAAUAAAGAUUCUGUAGGUCCUAUGAUCAUUUAUACUUGAAUGUAGAAACAGGCUCUAUAUUAUUCGUUAAUGUUGGUUUGGUAACGUCAGUUCAGGGUAGAAUAUUGAUCAUCCUUUUUUAAAACCUACUGUGAAACCUUAUUUAUAAGUAAUGUUUGGCACUAAACUGACGUAAAAUUCAUAUAAUUGAAGACGGAUCUUAAACAAUGACAGGAAGUGUUUUAAGAUUUGGGCAGUACUUGUGGAAAUCGUGCGGAACAAUACAGUAAAGAAUGAAAUAUUAUGACGAUAGAGACAGAGAGCGAGUACAAGCAUAGGCCUAUUGAUAGAGAUACUUAAUUCAUUAUAUUUACUUUGAGAGAUUAAUUGA